AUGACGACAAAUGGCACCGUCCAGCCUCCUGACAGCGGAAACGAAAUGGCGAAACCAGAAAAGAGCGGACAAACGCUUACGGGAAAGCAGGAACAUUGUAUGGCAUAUCCACCUUUGCUCCUCCACAUGGCAUUGAAUGUCCUCCCUUUCUACUACUAACCCAUGGAAUAGAUCUCAAGCGCGAGCUCAUUUUCCAACAAGUCAAAUUCGAGAUCACGGAGCUAAACUCUCCCACGGCACUACAGCGUUUCGGCGCGCCGUUCAAAUCGGAAUUUGGGGAGGUGUCGCCUCUUGAUAGUGAUUUGCCGAUCUUGCGGUAUAUCUUUGUGCAUCAUGUCCGCGAGUUUCCAUUUCUGGAUCGCGCGAAGGAGAAGGAGUUUUGGCAGGAUAAGUUGCAGGUCGUACGUUGUUUCCUCUCCCUGGAUUUGGUUGGGAAGGUGGGAUCUUGAUGUGAAAAUGGAUGCUGAUGUUGGGGUGGUAGUUUUUACAAUCCUUUGCGAAUAAACAUAUUUCCUCCUCCGAAGACCGUUUAGAAGAGACGAAACGCAGAAAGUUAUCUAUCAAAGCGCAGAAGUUGGUGGAGCUUAUGAUAGUCUCGGGGGUACCUACUGCGUCUGGAUAUGAGGAGAGGAUACGGUUUUCUGAACUGGAAGUUGUGGAUGCGGGUGCGAUUGAUCAUGGGGUUUUGUCGACGCUGCCUGAGGGCCACUAUAUGAAUGGCUGGGAUGUUAAUGUUGCGGGUGUGAGGAUGAAGAGUAUUAAGAGAAAUAUUAGGUAUCAUAAACAUGCUGUGCGUCUCUCUCACGCCCUAAACACAACCAACCAAUCAACCAUUACUAAUGUUUUCUUGCAGGAGUUUAUACUCAGAGUCAAGAAGAGAAACGACCUCGAAUUCUUUAUUGGAAGACGGUAUGGAGAUUUCGCGAGAUUAGUCAAGAAGUUACAAACCGAAUUACCUGGUAAGGUCCUCCCUCCCUUACCAAAGAAGAAUAAACAGAGUUCUACGGCGUCGAAUUUGCUAGGUGCUGCUAUGGGAAAGGAUGAGGAUGAUGAUGAUGCGAGUGUUUCGUCGGUUUCUACUCUGGGGACUGCGGCACUUGAUAGACAGAUGAAGAGUUUAUCUGUAAAAGGUAUUUCCAUCAUACAUAAAUAUUUGUAGUGGAUGCUAACUUUUGGGAAGACCAUCGAAGAAGUGGAUCUCAGUACUCGUUUAGUGGAACGACUGCAAAUGGAGCUAGAUCUCCUAGAGCUUCUAUGGAUGGUAGAACGCUAUCUCCCAUAACUGCAGAGGUAAAGUCCAUUCUUGAUUCCUUUGGUGUAUUUUUUACUGACGUUUUUAGCCCGUGACUUUAUGGAGGGAGACUCAGCGAAUUUCACUCCGAGCGUUCCUUCGAAAUCUACUUGCAAACCCCCAAAUUGCCAAUACUAGAGCUAUUUCCGAAUUCCUGACAUUCGAGCCAAUAACGCCUACAGAUGCGGAUGUUGAUGACAUAUUACGUCGAAAAGCGAUGGAUGAAAAGAGGGUUGAAGAGCAAAAGAAGUUUUAUGAAGUCGCAAGAAAACGUGCUGCAGAACUGGAUGUUUACAUGGAGCAGUAAGUAAAUCAGCUUAGGAUAUGAAACUUGACUAAUUCUUGAACAGAUUCCGUCGAGAUAUCGUAGAAAAUAAUGGACUUACCAGUUUGUUCCAAGAAAUCAAGGAGAAAGAAACGAUCCAGGAUCUAAGUAUGCAGUAUCAGAAGUUUGCCGAGUGGUUACGAAUUGAGGUUGCAGCAACGAUUUAUCACCUUUUCCUGGCAGAAGACAACUCACCGGAUCUUUUUGCACAAGCGAAGAAGAUUCACUCCAUGAUUCCUUACACUAUCAUGAAAAACGCGAUUCGGAUAGCUAAUCCGGCUAUGGUUAUGUCAAGUGUUCUGGAUAUAUUCUUGGCUCAGCCAUUUGGUGCUAGAUCUCUUAUGCAGAGAAUAUUCUCACUCACUUUGAAUGAUGGAAUGCGAAGUUUCCAAAAAUCAAUUGAUGCUUUGACUUCCAAGAUUGACGAACCGGUGUUUUGCCAGAAAUUAAAGAAGUUCUGCGAUGCUCCGGAAGAUAUCAAGAAUGUUAUUCGAAGCGAGUCGGAGGAUGAUGGCGUGGAUAUCAUCAUUGCCAUACUGAGAUCAGAUGAUAUUCAACCACCACUUAACUCUACUCAAAUCGGCAAGAUCUAUAAUGCUUGGGUUGCUUGGAAUAACGCGGUGGACAAUGUGGAUGAGGAAAUGAAACAGGGUGCACAGCUGUUCUCGUAUUUGAAGCAGCUUUUGAAGCUUUACACCAGACAACGGGAUAAGGCUAUGAUGUUGAGUAUGAUUGAAGAGCCAGUUACACUGCAACUUCUUCGAGAUCUCUUCACCAUCUUCUAUGAGCCACUGGUUCGAGUCUACAAAUCAGCGAAUGUGUACAACAGCGUGACGGAUUUUGCUGUUUUUGUAGAUGAUAUGAUUCAGGUAAGUUUCAUUCCAAUGAGCUGGUUGUUUUUUGACUGAUUCUUAUAGGUCGUCGACAAAUGUCGCGAACAAGACGUCUCCGCCGACCCGAAUCAAACAGUCCAAGCCUUCAUCGACCUUUGCCAACGACAUGAACACAACUUCUACAAAUUCGUCCACGAAGUACAUACCCACGACAACGGUCUCUUCACCCAACUUAUGGGCUGGAUAGAAGGGUUCCUCGAGUUCCUCCGUCACGGUCCCAAGGCUGGAAAACUCGAUAUCAACGCUCUCAUGGCAGGCGCCAUCUCCAUCGGCCAAAUCGACAAAGAAAAAGCCAUUGCCGAGAUCGACCAACUGAUUUCCUGGCAAGAAGCCCGCAAAAAAUGGCAUCAGGAUAAGACACGGCAGAAGAUGGCCGCGGAAGGCACGGUACCGAAUUCUGCGACGGAACCGGCCUUCGCGGUGGGACUGACGAGUGCGGAUUUCGGGGUAGAUGUCAUGGAUCUCCAGGAGAUCAAUUAUGAGAGUGAGAGUGAGAGUGGGGAUGAGGGCAGUGAGGAUGAGGAGAUGGAUCCGAUUGCCCUGGAGAGGAAACGGCGUGCGAAGAGGCAGGAUCAUCUGAGAAGGACGGCGGGGGAGCCGGUUAAGCCGGUUGUUGUGGAGGUGGGGAAGCUGAGGGAAGGGUUUUUGAGUAUGCUGAGGUGUGUGCUUGCUGAGUGA